UUACUGUGGAGCUAGUUAUGCUUUCAGUGCAGUGGGUGCUCUUGAGGGAGCCAAUGCUCUGGCUACUAGUACCCUCACCUCUCUCAGUGAACAGAAUAUCAUCGACUGCUCGAUUCCCUAUGGUAAUCAUGGAUGCAAGGGUGGAAACAUGUAUGAUGCAUUCCUAUACAUUGUGGCCAACGAGGGAAUUGACACAUCUGCUAGCUACCCAUACAGUGCAAAGGUAUUUCACAUACAUACAGUGCAACCUCCUUUAAGAACCCUUUGGGCGCCAUACAUAGGUGUCUCCUUAAAUUGAUGUAUAUAACCUAUACUUAGCGCCUAGUAUUAUAGCCAUAUAUAAAUUCUUAUGCACUUAUGGAGGCUCUGUGCAUAUAUAUAAUAUGUAAAUGGCGCCCAAAGGGUUUUAAAGGUCACUCCAAAUAAAGGACACCUCUCUAUGGCUUAGAUCCGGUGAAAGCUAUGUAUAAGGACAUUUUUACAAUCCCAGUGUGUCCUUUAUACAAAGGUUCCACUGUACACUGUGUU